AUGGGAUCCAUGUCUCAUACUCUCACUAGGUCCAUCUCAGAGGCCUUUCGAUCCCAGCCAUCUUCUUCCAAGAAGGGUCAGAACCACCCCAGUGCUUGCGUAUCUCAACCCCAACCACCGGACCUUCCUGCCUCCAGAAACAUUGUGAAUAGAGUUACUUUUACCACCCAAGAUAACGCGCCCACGGAGCGCAAAAGAGCCUAUCCACGCCAGGAAGAAAAGGUGCAGAAUUGGAAAUGUGCCAGAGUACAGCCUGAUAUUUAUUCUGACUCCGAGGUCGGAUCCGAUGAGGAGGCUAGCGCAGAUGCCUUGUACGACUCUGAAGAUGAGUUUUCGGGUAUGACGGGGGACCGUGCUAUCCCAGCCCAUUCUUUUAUAGCCGGUAGCAAUGCCUUAUGUGAGGCCGCUACUGAUGCCUCAGUCUCCUUAGUGGACCCAUCGGGAGAACCACUUUUCGUUCCGGACGUCCUCCAUCAUCCGAGAUCGGCAGAGUGGCUCCCGGUGGACCAUGUGACCAAAUAUUUAGAGACCCGGGUGCGUUGCCCUCUCAGUAAGCUUAGGCCAGAAUGCCCUAGACCGCUAGUGCCCACCAAAGUCUGCGAUACCCUGGUUGUAGACCCUAAGAUGGCGCAGUUCCUAUCUAAGUCGGGAUGGAAUCCCCAUAAGGGUCUGGAGUCAGCUCUUAAAGCCUGCCAAGAUAAACUGGAUAUUUUUGGCCCCCUAGCCAGAAUUUUCGAAUUGGCUGAAUCCGCUAGAGCGGAUGAUAGAAAUGUGGACCCGGAAGAACUUCGGGGCUGGAUCCAAAGGGCUAUUUGCAUUGCCGGCAAUGUCAACAUGUCACUCUUUAUUGAGAGACGCAAGGCCAUCCUAUUCAAGAUUGAGCCUAAAUUGGCCAAUCAGGCCCUCACUGAGGCAGGGGGCAGGCUCCGUCAUUUUUCUCACGCCUGGUCACGCAUCACCUCGGACCAGUGGGUCCAUUCCAAAGUCCGAGGUUUCCAGAUAGAGCUGGUGGAGUCUCCGCAUCAUAUUCCUUUUCCCCAUCCUCUGGUUCUCUCGGGCCCAUCUCAACUUUUGAUUAACAGGGAGCUGUCGGACCUCUUCCAGAAGGAGGCGAUAGAACGAGCUCCAGACCAGCAUUCGGGUUUAAUCAGCAGCAUCUUCUUAGUGAAAAAGAAAGGGGGUCAGAUGCAACCCGUUAUCAACCUGCAGCCCUUGAACAGGUUCAUCCAUUACAGACAUUUCAAGAUGGAAGGUUCCACCUUUGUGAUGUCCAUGGCCCGGUCGCUGGGAUGGCUUUUUCUUGGUGCACUUGGUUGUGGAGCUGUAGUAAUGGAAACGUUGCUUCCCCGAGCUGAAGGGCCUGUGGUGAAUGUUGCUUUGGUAUUUGGUGGGUCAAUUCCACAGAUGGAAGUGAUAGGACCACUGAUUCCAGAUGGAUCUUUACGUCUACCUCUCGACAUUCACACAGUCACUGUGCUUGUGAACGAUAGCGGCCCAGGACCACUCUUGCGCCAACUGUGCCUGGCUUUAAAAGAAGCACAUGCGGUGGUGUUUCAGGACAAUAUUGGAUCAGAGGCUGUGGCCCAAAUACUAGAUUUUAUUUCUUCUCAGACUCUCGUACCAAUUAUUAGCAUUAGCGGAGGAUCUGCUGUGGUAUUGACUCCAAAGGAGCCGAAAUCUUCCUUCCUGCAGAUGGCAGUCUCAGUGGAGCAGCAGCUCACUGUCAUCUUUAAAGUGUUGGAGGAAUACGAACUUGGUCCAUUCUCUGUGAUUACAAGUCAUUAUCCUGGUCACCGGUUAUUCUUGAAGACAGUCAGAGCUUUGUGUGAAGCUAUUCAACCAGGUUGGGGCCCUCAAGAUGAACUGAUAAUAGAGCCAGGAACUGGUCCAAGGGGGGCCCAGAAAGUACUCCGACAAAUUUCAGCUCCCGUGCUCCUACUAUUUUGCUCCAGAGAGGAGGCUGAGGAGUUGUUCCCAAUUGCUGGUGAAGCUGGACUACUUGGACCAGACCAUAUCUGGAUUGUACCAAGUUUUACAAUUGGUUCUCCAGAGCAGCCUGCUGAAUUCUUCCCUGUUGGACUUGUUAGCGUGAUGACUGAUGGCUGGCGGAGGAGCCUACGACAAAAGGUUCAGGAUGGAAUAGCAGUAAUUGCUGCAGCAGCUAGGAACUAUUUGCAGAAACAUGGUGAGCUGCCCAAUCCUGGAGGAACCUGUUUGACACCAGGACAAAUGCCAGGAAAUGACACUUUGUAUAGGCAUAUGAUGAAUAUAAUGUGGCAGGAGAGGGACCUAUCCUUCAAUACCCAAGGGUUUCUACUAAAUCCAUCCAUGCUGGUCAUUACAUUGACACCACAACGGGUAUGGGAGGAGGUUGGCAGGUGGGAACAUGGUAUAAUACGUAUGAAGUACCCAGUAUGGCCACGAUAUGGCAGUGGUCAACAACUUGUGUCAGAUACUCAUCACCUUACUGUGGCCACCUUAGAAGAGAGACCAUUUGUUAUUGUUGAGAACACAGAUCCAAUCUCUGGAGACUGUGUACGGAACACAGUGCCUUGUCGCAAACAGAGCAACCUGACAUUAAGCAGUUCAGGCGAACCUUACUCCAAGCUGUGCUGUAAAGGCUUCUGUAUUGACAUCCUGAAGAAGUUGGCUCGUACUGUUAAGUUCUCAUAUGAUCUUUACCUAGUGACAAACGGCAAACAUGGGAAACUUGUACGAGGAGUGUGGAAUGGAAUGAUUGGCGAGGUAUAUUAUCAGCGUGCUCACCUUGCUAUUGGGUCUCUAACGAUAAAUGAAGAGCGUUCCGAGAUUGUGGAUUUCUCUGUUCCCUUUGUAGAGACUGGAAUCAGUGUCCUAGUGUCACGUAGCAAUGGAACGGUGUCCCCCUCAGCUUUCCUAGAACCAUAUAGCCCAGCGGUCUGGAUGAUGAUGUUUGUCAUGUGCCUAUCUGUUGUAGCAGUGACCGUAUUCAUCUUUGAGUAUUUCAGCCCAAUGGGAUAUAAUCAAGAUCUAAACAAUGGAAAACGUUUAGGAGGUCCAAGUUUCACCAUCGGUAAAUCCUUAUGGCUGCUAUGGGCGUUGGUGUUUAAUAAUUCAGUUCCUAUACAGAAUCCCCGUGGUACUACCAGUAAGAUCAUGGUGCUGGUCUGGGCCUUCUUUGCGGUAAUAUUCUUGGCUAGCUACACAGCCAAUCUAGCUGCCUUCAUGAUUCAGGAGCAGUAUAUAGAUACCGUGUCUGGCUUGAGUGACAGGAAGUUCCAGAAGCCACAAGAGCAUUACCCGCCUUUUAGAUUUGGCACUGUCCCAAAUGGCAGCACUGAGCGUAACAUCCGCACCAAUUAUCCUGACAUGCACAGUUACAUGGUGAGAUACAACCAGCGAUCAGUGGAAGAUGCUCUUGCCAGCUUGAAGUCUGGAAAGUUGGACGCCUUCAUUUAUGAUGCAGCAGUGCUGAAUUACAUGGCAGGCAAGGAUGAAGGGUGUAAGCUGGUGACCAUUGGAAGUGGGAAGGUCUUUGCUACAACAGGGUAUGGUAUUGCUCUACAGAAGAACUCACGGUGGAAGCGACCCAUUGACCUGGCAUUACUACAGUUUCUAGGAGAUGGUGACACACAGAGACUGGAGACAGUGUGGUUAUCAGGCAUUUGUCAAAAUGAGAAGAAUGAGGCGGUGAGCAGUAAACUGGACAUCGACAACAUGGCCGGAGUCUUCUAUAUGCUACUGGUGGCUAUGGGGUUGAGUCUUCUGGUCUUCUCUUGGGAACAUCUUGUCUACUGGAGGAUGAGACACUGUUUGCCCAGCUCUUGUGUGGAACAGAGUCUGCUGGGGAUCAGUCGGGGGAUUUACAGUUGUUUUCGUGGUGUCCAAAGUCCAUCCCGUGGACCUGCUUGCCCUAACCCAGAUGUGACAGGGACUCCUGUACCAGCCAAUGUUUUGAGGGUACUCCAAACAGCAAGGGAUCUGGUUUCUUCCUCUGGAGUUGGGGGUUCCCUGGAGACUGCAUCUCAUGCUUUACGUACAUGGAGACAGCGGAGUGCGAGUCUUCAAGUUGCUUUCUCUGUGCAAGGGUCACAGCAGCCAACUCAAACCAUUUCUUCCCCUCAGUGUGGUGUCAUCACCAAACCAGUGGCAACUGUAAACCAUGCUCUAAUUGGACCUCUUCUUUCUCCUGCAUUAAGGUCUUCUCAUGCUUCUGCUUGCUUUUCCCCAGAGGAGAUAGAUCCCUCCUCAACAACACAUACAUUCCUGCGUCAGGAGAAUGUCCCGCAAGUGUCCCUUAUUUCACAGAAUGGAAGCCUACAAGACAAAAAACUAGGCAUUGGCAGCAGCCCUUGUGAUAUUUCCCACCUGACAGAACAUUUCCAGGUGGCAGUGCAGGAACCCACCACCCUACUGAAACAUGGAGGAGAAUUAGCUGGGAGUCAGAAGUGUGACAUUUAUGAAAAUACCUGUGUAUACUAUGACAACAAGAACUCUGCCAGAUUAUAA